AUGUCUCUGCACUCUUCUCUGCCUCAUAAUAUCAGGCAGAGUCUGACAAACUUCAGUGGAUCUCUUUUCAUCAGCAAUAAAACUCGAGACUGUGGCGAUGGUCAUCACAAUAUUCGAGCUGAUGAGAUGGUGUCCAGCCUACCUUUACAGAUGGCACUGUAUUUCAAUGUCGUCUUCUUUCCAUUUUGGUGGGCGUCAGAAGUGGCCGUGAUCCAACUUAAGUACAGCAUGUUACCAGGAUACUAUCAGUGGCUGCUGUUGGCAGCUGUGAUAAUCCUCACACUAAUUGAAUGUGUUCGACUUUUCCUAGGCUACAUGGGAAACUUGCAAGAAAAGCUGCCAGAGUUAGCUGGAUUUUGGUUGCUGUCCUUUACCAUCCAGCUGCCUAUUAUUCUCUUCCUCCUCACUGAUGAAUCCAUCAUCAUCUUACCACUGGAGCAGGCUGUUCAUAUUCUCUACUUCACCUUCUUGGUUUUUGAAUUGGUUGCAGCAUUCCUGGCCCUAAGGGAAAUGACAAACCACUUGGCCACAUGCUUCUAUCUCCAGCAGUUUCAGAAGACAGAAUGUCCACAAUUACACAGCAGAUGCCCAGAAACUGGCAUUCCACGUGGGAGGGACACCAUUUCCAAUGUUUAG